UUGAGCUGAUAUUUGGAGCAUGGAUUGUGUAUGCCGAGUAUAAAUCAGCAUUAUUUAAGGAGUUCAUUAGAAUUUUAACCCGAAAUGAUUAAAUCCUUGGACACCUCCAAUCUCGUUUCUUCUCUCAACCAUUCUUUCUUUUACUCGUCAUGUCUAAAGCCAUUCUCUCUCGUAUCAAACCUCUCCACACCCCAAAGAGCACUUCUCCUUCACCAUUGCGCGUCCCUCCCCGUGUCAAAAACCUCAUCAAUGAAACCAUUCAAAUCCUCAAAACCCACCAACAAUGGCCGGAUUCCCUUCAAACCCGUUUUUGCGACGAAGAAACCCGCGUUUCGGAGAUUGCCCAUUACGUGUUUGAUCAAAUACAUGACGUAGAAUUAGGUAUAAAGUUCUUUAAUUGGGUUUCUAAACAAGAAACUCUGCAUUUUCCCUUCAAUGGGUUGGCUUAUUCUUCAUUUUUAAAGCUCCUAGCGAGGUUUAAACUAUUUUCCGAGAUCGAUACUGCGCUGGAGAAAAUGAAAAUGGAAGAAACAAAACCUACGCUUGAAGCUUUAAGCUUUCUUAUUCGUGUUUAUGCGGAUUAUAGCUUUGUUGAUAAAGCUCUUGAACUGUUCUAUUCUGUGCUUAGGAUUUAUGACUCUGUUCCUAAUUUGAUUGCUUGUAAUUCGUUGCUUAAUAUGCUUGUGAAGUUAAAAAAAGUUGAGAUCGCCCGUAAAGUGUUCGGUGAAAUGGUUGUAAGAGAUGGUUGUGUGGAUAAUUAUAGUGUCAGUAUAAUGGUGAAGGGUUUAUGUAGCGUAGGGAAGGUUGAGGAAGGUAAAAAAUUGAUUGAGCAUAUGUGGGGGAAAAGGUGUGUUCCAGAUGUUGUUUUUUAUAAUACAUUAAUUGAUGGGUAUUCUACUAAAGGUGAUGUUGAAAAGGCUAAUGAACUUUUUAAGAAUAUGAAAAUGAAGGGAUUUUUACCUACCUUGAAGACUUACGGAGCUAUGAUAAACGGGUUUUGUAAGAAAGGGGAUUUUGAUGCAAUAGACAAGCUUUUGAAAGAAAUGAAAGAAAUGGGUGUCUCUGUUAAUACUCAAGUUCAUAAUACCAUCCUUGAUGCUCGAUUUAAGCAUGGUUUUGAGGUUAAUGUGAAAGACACUAUAAAGCAGAUGAUUAAGAGUGGAUGUGAACCUGAUAUUGUUACAUAUAACACUUUGAUUGGUGGUUUAUGUAAGGAUGGGAAGGUUCAGAAAGCAGGUCAGCUACUGGAACGGGCAAAGAAGAAGGGGUUGACACUGAAUAAAAUUAGUUUUACCCCUUUGAUACAAGGCUAUUGUAAAAUAGGGGAAUAUCUUGUGGCACUAGAUUUGCUUAUUGAAAUGUCAGAGAGGGGACAUAAACCUGAUGUAGUUGCUUUUGGAUCUCUUGUCCAUGGACUUGUUGCAAUGGGAGAGGUGGAUGCUGCAUUAACAAUUCGAUACAGGAUGUUAGAAAGGGGAGUUUUGCCUGAUGCUGGUAUAUAUAAUGUUUUGAUGAAUGGACUUUGCAAGAAAGGAAAACUUUCUGCUGCGAAAGUCCUCCUCAGAGAGAUGCUUGACCAAAAUGUACCCCCUGAUGCAUUUAUUUAUGCCACUCUGGUUGAUGGGUUCAUCAGGGAUGGUGAUCUCCAUGGGGCAAAAGAACUCUUUGAUAUCAUGAUUGGAGAAGGCAUGGAUCCUGGUGUUGUGGGAUAUAAUGCCAUGAUUAAGGGUUUCUGCAAAUUUGGAAAGAUGAAGGAAGCAUUAUUAUGCGUCACUAGAAUGAUAAAAGCACAUCUUACCCCAGAUCAGUUCACUUACUCUACUAUUAUAGACGGUUACAUAAAGCAGCAUGACAUAGGUGGUGCCCUAAGGAUGUUUGGACAGAUGGUGAAAAGACAAUGCAAGCCCAAUGUGGUAACGUACACCUCCCUAAUCAAUGGAUUUUGUGGAAAUGGAGAUUUCAAUACGGCUGAAAAAGCUUUUAAAGAGAUGCAAUCUUGUGGUUUGGAACCUAAUGUUGUCACAUAUACUAUACUUAUUGGGAGUUUUUGCAAGGAAGGUAAACUGGCAAAAGCAGUCUUCUAUUUUGAGUUGAUGCUAUCUAACAAGUGCAUUCCUAAUGAGGUUACUUUCAAUUAUAUUGUAAAUGGCUUCACAAACAGUCCAGGUGCAGUUCUGGAUAAUCAGUGUUUUGAGAAAAGAUCUCUUUUUCUUGAAUCUUAUAAUAUGAUCAUAUCUGAUGGAUUGGUUCAAAGAGCUGCUGUUUAUAACUCUAUCCUCCUCUGCCUUUGCCAAAAUGGAAUGACUAGAAUUGCUUUGCAAUUGAAAGAUAGGCUGAUGAACAAGGGCUUCCUCUCUGACCCUGUCUCUUCCGCUGCCUUUCUACAUGGCAUUUGUUUGGAGGGACAAUCGAAGGAGUGGAGGAACGUAAUUUCUGAUGAUUUAAAUGAACAGGGACUUCAAAUUGCUUUGAAGUACUCAGAACUUUUGAUCCAAUGUCUACCUUGCGGAAUAACUUCUGAGGCAUCGCUAAUUUUGCAGAACUUGAUUAAACGGUGCAGCUAUGAAAACCAAAAGGAGGAUCUCAAAGUAUCUGCAAAAUAGAGGAAAUGCCCAAAGUAAAACACAUCAUCUGGUUUUACUAUAUGAAAAUAAUCUUUGGUUGAUUUAACCGGUGAAUUGAUCUUGAAUGAGUAGGGUGGGUGGUUAACUGCUGCUUUCACCAAAUUACUCAACAAGUAUAUUGCGAACAUUUUCUUCGCAGACCUUAACAAUUCAUUUUAGCUCAAAAAAUCAGUAACGGUGCUUGUGCAGCUAGGUCCACCAUAAUUGCAUUCUGUCAACGCCGUUGUUUUAGUGACAGAUUCUGUGGAAGAAAUGAGUUGGAGGCAGAAGCUAGUGUCAUGGGCUAAAACUUAAGCCUAGCAAACCGCGCGGCUUUGGGCAGAAACUUAGUUUUUUAUCCGCCUAAGUCAAAGAUGAAAAUUCACAACGGCAAAGGCAGAGGAGGAUAGAGUUAUAAACAGCAGCUCUUUGAACCAAUCCAUCAGAUAUGAUCAUAUUAUAAGAUUCAAGAAAAAGAGAUCUCUUCUCCAAGCACUGAUUAUCCAGAACUGCACUUGGACUGUUUGUGAAGCCAUUUACGAUAUAAUUGAAAGUAACCUCAUUAGGAAUGCACUUGAUAGAUAGCAUCAACUCAAAAUAGAAGACUGCUUUUGCCAGUUUACCUUCCUUGCAAAAACUCCCAGUAGGUAUAGUGUAUGUGACUACAUUAGGUUCCAAACCACAAGAUUGCAUCUCUUUAAAAGCUUUUUCAGCCGUACUUAAAUCUCCAUUUCGACAAAAUCCAUUGAUUAGGGAAGUGUAUGUUACCACAUUGGGAUUGCAUUUUCUUUUCACCAUCUGUUUAAACAUCCUUAGGGCACCACCUAUGUAUGUAACCAUCUAUAAUAGUAGAGUAAAUGAACUGAUCUGGGGUAAGAUGUGCUUUUAUCAUUCUAGUGACGCAUAAUAAUGCUUCCUUCAUCUCUCUAAAUUUGCAGAAACCCUUAAUCAUGGCAUUAUAUCUCACAACACCAGGAUCCAUGCCUUCUCCAAUCAUGAUAUCAAAGAGUUCUUUUGCCUCAUGGAGAUCACCAUCCCUGAUGAACCCAUCAACCAGAGUGACAUAAAUAAAUGCAUCAGGGGGUACAUUUUCUCUACUAGGUGUGCGUAUGUCUAAGGUGCAGUCAAUUACUGGUAAAAAAUAGAGACCAUUAGCAACAAUGAGUUAGAAUUAUAUAAAAAAAAGAAUGGAGCAGUAAAAUAAUAUUUUUUCGAAAGGCAAUAUCGAAUUAUAUUCAAACAACAAUGGCGUCGGAGAGAGAUAGAAAAUUAUUUUAA